CAAGUCCUCUGAAAGGAUGUUUUAGGUAAACUAUAAACUGUUUAUAUCAAGUUGGAGCGACUUCCUCCGCUCAAAAGCAAAGGCUUUGCUGUGAAGCCGACUUACAUGAUCUGUGCUCUAUUUGUCUGUAGUUUUGCACAAAGAUGUAAGAAGGGAUUCGCAACAUAUUCAUACAUAAAAAUAUUAACUUGCAGUUUCGCCAAAAGUGCUGUCAAGUUAUCUUUUGAACAGGUUUCACCAACAAAACUAACACAGCAUAUGGUGAAAAGACAGAAAAAUCAAAAAAAUUGUCGAAUAGCCUUCAACUCUAUUGCUGUUCCUGGUGAUUUCCUUGCUGCAGCUGCUGUUUUCCUUGUAGAUUUUGAACAAAAGUAACUUCAUUUACAUGAA